GUAAGCACCUACUCCUAACUGUACCACCAAAAGGCAGACUGUCCAGCACCAAGAACAAAGUCAAACCAUGAAUCCUAACUGUUUACCAAAAUAAAAUCAACUGAAAAUUUUAUAAACAAAAGAACGAAACAAAAAAAUAAAAUAAAAAAUCUCUCAUGUUUAAGUAUGUGAUGGGUUUUGAGUUUCAUAACCAAGUUGCCUCGUACAAUUGCUUUCUCACCCCUUCCAGGCUUUGGACUCCAAAGAACAAACUUUCCCUUUUAUUUCUUUGAUUUUUGUUUUUGUUCAACAAGCAAGAAAAGCUUCCACUUUCCUUUUUUGAUCAUUUCUUUCUUGGAAUACUUGUUCUUCUGUUCUUGAAAUUAAUAAUUCAAGUAAAUUUAGACCACAAGCAAGUAAUUGAGAUGAUGGAAUAUCUUGAGCUUGCUGCGAUGUCAUCGUACAAAGACUCCCUUAAGGUUCUCGAGGCUGAUAUUCAGCAUGCUAAUGUGUUGGCAGCUUCUAUUCCAAGAGCCAAAAGUGGUUCCUGUCUUCAAAUGAAACUGGUUUAUAAUCACCUGGCACCCAUAUUUCUGUUUUUGCUCCAAUGGAUGGAUUGCUCAUGUACAUGUCUACUUUCAACUUAUUUUAACCUCUUCCACAUUGUUGUAUACAAGGUAUGCUCAGACAGGAAGCCGAAGAUUUCUUCAUGCGGACGGAAAGCAACUAUUAGGCAAUUCUAUGCUGUUAUAUUACCAUCACUUCAGCGUCUUCAUGGUGAUACAAAGGAGCCAGACGUAACUCAGGAAGAAGGCCACUUCCUGGAGAUGAUUGUCAAGAACAGACUAGAAGAUAGGAGGAAGCUUUCAGAUGUAGACCUGCUGAGGGAAGACGAAUGUGGGAUCUGCUUGGAACCUUGCACAAAAAUGGUUGUGCCAAGCUGCUGCCAUGCAAUGUGUAUCAACUGCUACCAUGAAUGGAACACAAGGUCAGAAUCUUGCCCAUUUUGUCGAGGCAGUCUGAAGAGAGUAAAUUCAGAAGAUCUUUGGGUUCUCACUUGCAGUAGUGAUGUGGUUGACACUAACACCGUAUUAAAGGAAGAUAUCUUGAGGUUCUAUCUUUAUAUAAACAAUUUGCCAAAAGAUAUCCCGGAUGAUCUAUUCCUGAUGUAUUAUGAGCACCUAAUCUAAUCUGAUAGACAAGGAGAAUGACAUUUCAAAUUUGGAUAAAAGAAAAGCAGGCCAUCACAUGGACAUAAAGUCUGGUGAGGUUUCCACAUUGAAAUUCCUUUCAUAAUUUAUUAACUGUUCAGAAUAAUGUAGAUGAUCAAUGGAAGAAACCCUGGCUAUUGUGUUCAGAAUGACAUCGGGAAUGUGUAAGCAUAGAGAAAGGAACAUGGAGAUACUUCAAACGACAUCUGCCUCUUCCAAUUCUCUAAGAAGCUUGUUGCUUUGGGAAUUUGUCACGGUAUCAUGAAUUGACUUUGAUUGUUGGACUGAUUUAUGGGAAUGGUAUGCUUGCUGAAGAAUGAAAGCCAGUCAUGCAUUUUGCUGUGCCAUUGAAAUCUUUAGAUCUUUAUCUUUCGAACAAUUUGGAUGCUUUAAUUUUUAACAUGCUGACCUUCUUAAUUGUUACAUGAUUAUUAGCAAGUUUCCUUCAGUGUAAGGGGUGAAUUCCAUGCUUGUUCACGUA